AUGCGUCUCUUCUUAAUGCCUCCAACCUGCGGAUCUAACAGUGGCGACGAAGGUGGGAUCGCUUUGGACACAGGGUCCGCUCUAUCGAUCAUUUCACAUGACACCUUCAAAAGGAUUUGCAGCAGUAGUGGCCUUCGAGUCAAACUCAGGCCAUCGAACUUAAUUCUCACUGACUUCCAGGAUUCCAGAGUCAGCGUGAAGGGGGAGGCUACGCUCAAAGUGCAGCGUAAGGCUUUUGAAGGCCUACUAGAUGUGGUGGUAGUUGGGGGUGAUCGCACGAGUCUCAUUGGACUCGAUUGGUUCGAGGCCCUUGGGAUCCAAGUUACUGGGCUUCACAGCCUGCAAACGUUAGGCCUUGCAGAAGUCUGCAAGGAGUUUGCUGAUGUGUUUAGCACAGAGCUUGGUUCAUACAAGGGGCCUCCCAUUGCCCUACGCUUAGACCCAGCUAUCACACCUAUUAGGAUUAAGCCUAAAAGGGUGCCUUUUGCUCUCAAAAGCAAAAUCAAUGCAGAGCUGGACAAGCUGCUCCAGCAGGGCAUCUUAGAACCUGUGGACUCUAGUCCAUGGGAAACCCCCAUUGUAACACCUCUAAAGGCUAAUGGAGAAGUCCGAAUUUGCGUGGACUAUAAAUGUACAUUGAACAAAGCACUGCAACAGCAUGCAUAUCCAGUGCCUGUGGUAAGCCACAUUCUGGCCUCCCUCAAGGUGGGGCCAAUUUUUGCAAAACUUGAUUUGGCACAGGCCUACCAACAGUUACCUGUUGAUGAGGCAACUGCUGAGGCUCAAACAAUCGUAACGCACAGGGGAGCCUUUAAGGUCAAAAGACUGCAGUUUGGGGUUAAUGUAGCCCCUGGCAUCUUCCAAAGUGUAAUGGAGUGCACACUCCGUGGUAUUCAUGGGGUCUGUCCCUACUUCGAUGACGUCCUCAUUGCUGGGGAGUCAUCUUUAAACUUAGCUGAAAGAUUAAGGGCUGUCUUGCUUCGUUUCCGCCAAGCGGGUCUGAAACUGAAGCAAGAUAAAUGUAAAAUCGGAGUCACUUCCACUGAAUUCUUAGGCUUCAGAAUUGAUGCUCAAGGCAUCCAUCCUGCUGAAUCCAAGCUUCAAGCAAUUCAGCAGGCCCCAAGUCCCAAGUCCAAAAGCAAACUUCAGGCUUUCCUGGGACUCUUAAAUUUCUAUCACGCAUUUCUUCCCCACAAGGCUGCAGUGGCUGAACUGUUACACCAGCUCUUGGAUAAACAGGCUCCAUGGCAGUGGACUAAGGUCCAUGAAAGGAGUUUCAAUGAGGUUAAGGCCUUGCUCUCUUCAAAUGCGGUUUUAGCGCAUUUCAAUGAGCAAUUGCCAGUGUGCAUCACAUGUGAUGCAUCCCCUUAUGGUGUGGGAGCAGUACUCAGUCACCUGAAGGCUGAUGGGACACAAGUCCCUGUGGCCUACUACUCAAAGACUCUGUCAUCUGCAGAGCGUAAUUACGCCCAGAUUGACAGAGAAGCCUUGGCCAUAGUGGCUGGCAUCUGUAAAUUUCAUGAUUUCUUAUAUGGCCGCCACUUCACAGUCUAUACAGACCAUAAGCCUCUGCUGGGUUUGUUUACAACAAACAUGCAAACCCCUCACAUAAUAUCUCCUACAAUGCUGAGAUGGUCAAUUUUCCUGUCAGCAUAUGACUACACACUGAUUCACAAACCUGGAAAAGAAAUGGGCCAUGCAGAUGGCCUCAGCAGAUUACCUCUAAAACAGGUAGAGGCAGAUCCUGCUCCUGCUAUUAAUAUCCUCUCCAUUCAGGAGUUACCUGAAUCUCCCCUCAAUGCUAGGGACGUGGCUGCAGAAACUGCCACUGAUCACACGCUUACAUGAGUGCUGACAUGGGUGUUGUCAGGAUGGCCUGACACGUGUCCAGAUACUGAGUUUCAAAGCUUCUGGCAAAGGAAGCACGAGCUUUCCACAUUCAAAGGGUGCCUGUUAUGGGGUAGUAGGGUAGUCAUCCCAGCCUCAUUGAGGUCUAGAAUCUUGAUCUCUCUGCAUAAGGGACAUCAGGGUAUAGUCCGGAUGAAAGCGCUUUUCUACAGGCCAACUUAA